AUGGUUCGUAUGCUCAAAAGAGGGGUUCCUUCUAUAAGGACCGGAUGUGAAGCGUGCAUUCGGGUUAAGUUAAUAACCCCGGAUAAUCUUUACGUGGUUUAUUACUUCGAGGAGUCGCAUAAUCACUCAUUUGUUGCUAAAGAUGACAGGUACUUGCUUCCUGAAAACAGAUCUAUGAAUUACGUACAGGAAGAAGCCGUGAAUGCUUUGAGUGCCAUAAACGUUGGUCCAGUUAGAGCGUUUAACAUUAUGAGGACUCUUUAUGGAGGUUUUGAUAAGGUAGGCGCAACUAAAGUUGACUUCAAAAACUUCAAGAGAGACUUAAAUAGGUAUAUAGCUGAGUACGAUGCUGACAUGGUUAUCAAACGCCUAAGAAGGAAGAAAGAAUUUAUGCCCAAUUUCUCUAUGGAAUACCUUACAACUGCCGAGGGCGUUUUACGUGCGUUGUUCUGGGCCGAUGGUGAUACAAAGAGAAAUUUUAAUAUUUUUGGGGAUGUUGUGUCGUUCGAUGCUACUUAUCGUCGUAACAAGUACAAUAUGAUGUUUAUACCUUUUACCGGCGUUGACAAUCACUAUCGUAAUGUUACCUUGGGUGCUGCGAUUAUAGGGGAUGAAACUGCCGAAACAUAUAGCUGGUUGCUUAACGCAUUUCGGCAGGCGUUUGGGCGCGCACCAUCUGUGAUUGUAACUGAUCAAGACCCAGCGAUGAGGAAAGCUAUUCAAGAUACUUGGCCUGAAAGUAGGCACAGGCUUUGCAUGUGGCAUAUAAUGGAGAAACUUACUACCAAAGUUGGCGCCAACCUAUGCAAUAGCACUGAUUUUAAGAAGAGGUUGUGUGAUAUUGUUUGGACCAAUGCCUUACUGCCAGAACAGUUUGAAAAUGAAUGGGGUGUUAUAUUGGCUGAUUUUGAUUUGCUGAAUCAUGAAUGA